ACCGGUGAUGAUCAUAACCGAGUACAUGGAGAAUGGCUCCUUGGAUGCCUUCCUCCGGAAGAAUGAUGGCAGAUUUACAGUAAUCCAGUUGGUGGGGAUGCUUCGUGGCAUCGGCUCAGGAAUGAAGUAUCUGUCUGACAUGAGCUAUGUGCAUCGGGAUCUAGCUGCUCGAAACAUUCUGGUCAACAGCAACUUGGUCUGCAAAGUGUCUGACUUCGGCAUGUCCCGUGUCCUGGAAGAUGACCCUGAGGCAGCUUAUACCACACGGGGUGGCAAGAUCCCCAUCCGGUGGACUGCACCAGAGGCAAUUGCCUACCGUAAAUUUACAUCAGCCAGUGACGUGUGGAGCUAUGGCAUCGUCAUGUGGGAAGUGAUGUCCUAUGGAGAGAGACCUUACUGGGAUAUGUCCAAUCAAGACGUUAUUAAAGCCAUUGAGGAAGGGUAUCGGUUGCCACCCCCAAUGGACUGCCCCAUUGCUCUCCAUCAGCUGAUGUUAGACUGCUGGCAGAAGGAACGCAGCGACAGACCUAAAUUUGGACAGAUUGUCAACAUGCUGGACAAACUCAUCCGCAACCCUAACAGCCUGAAGAGGACAGGCAGCGAGAGCUCCAGACCCAGCACAGCCCUGCUGGAUCCCAGCUCCCCGGAGUUCUCGGCGGUUGUUUCUGUCAGUGACUGGCUCCAAGCCAUUAAAAUGGAGCGAUACAAGGAUAACUUCACAGCUGCUGGCUAUACCACCCUAGAGGCUGUGGUGCAUAUGAACCAGGACGACCUGGCCAGGAUUGGGAUCACUGCCAUCGCGCACCAGAACAAGAUCUUGAGCAGCGUUCAAGCCAUGCGCACCCAAAUGCAACAGAUGCACGGCAGGAUGGUGCCCGUCUGAGCCAGUACUGAAUAAACUCAAAACUCUUGAAAUUAGUUUACCUCAUCCAUGCACUUUAAUUGAAGAACUGCACUUUUUUUACUUCGUCUCCUCGCCCGUUGAAAUAAAGAUCUGCAGCAUUGCUUGAUGUACAGAUUGUGGAAACCGAGCGUGUGUUGGGAGGGGGGCCUCCAGAAAUGACAAGCCGUCAUUUUAAACCAGACCUGGAACAAAUUGUUUCUUGGAACAUACUUCUCUGUUGAUCAACGAUAUGUAAAAUACAUGUAUCUAUAUAAAUAUAAUGUCACAGUCAAGUUUUGAUGCUAUGUUUGCUGCCAGAUACUGUGCUUAAAAAACAAAAUUACUUUUCUUCUCCCUGUGACCUGUAGGAUUAUCAACCAUAGUGUUUUAUUUGUGGGUGAAACCACAGUUGUGCAUCUUUCACUGGAAUGAAGAAUCUGCCCUAGGAUAUUUUUUGCAGACUUGAUGCAACGCUGAUACCUUGCAGAAACCUCAUUGAGAAUAUCAUUUGGCUAAUCAGUGCUUGGCGAUUAGCAAUCUACCCAUUUAUGGGCUUGAGACAUGGAAUGACACACCUCGUGGACUACUGGCAGACUGGACUUCUGGGAAGACUGUUGGCUAUUGCUGUGCUGAAUUCUGCCACUUAGAGAGGUUUCGUGACCAUCUUGCCAGCAGUCAGCUGUGGUAGUCAUGGCUGUGGAGCUUUCAGACUUGUCUUUUUUCAAGAAGCAGUUCAACUUGCCACAUGGAGAAGGGAAGUUACAUUUUGCCUUGACGGCCUCCUAGCCCAUCCUGUUGAUCUCAUUGACCAUGGAGGAACACAGACCGGACCCUGAAGCCUUCUGGAUCCAUGGUUGCGUCUUCCCUAGCACUGAUUCUCGAAACCACGCACUGAACAGUCGUCAGGCCCUGAAAAGAGUGUGACUUUUACUUUCUUUUUUUUUUCCUUGCCACUUAUUCCAAUUUUGCUUCAUUGAAAGAUAGCUAACUCAGUAAGAUUCAGCGCCCAGUUGUCACUGAAGGAAUGUACUGUGUCAAAUCCCCGCAGACUUGUUGAUUUUUUUAUUCCCUUCUGCUUUCUAUUCCCAUCUUGGAUUUUAUUUAUAUAUUCUGUUAUUCUCUAUCCUCACUCCCCUGCCUGCUGCUGCCUCAUCUGAGAUGGAUGCAGGUGGCAGAACAUCACACAUCUUACUAUGGACGCCAGGCCAGGCGCCACAGCGGAGAAUCCAAUUGCUGUGAGCUGCCUAUAUACAUUGCUGACGUGACAUUUUACAUGAAACGUGCCAUUGCAGUGAUAUAAAUAUAUUUUUUUUCCUUGAAUGGAUAAUGGAUUAUUAUCUCCUCUGAAAGGUGCGUAUGUGUGUUUGUGUGCGUGUGUGUGUGCAAAUCACCUUGUGUGUACAACUGCCUGUGAAUGUGCCCAAAGCAUCCCUGGGAACCAUGCGACGUCCCUCUGCCAUUUGAGCACAGCCAAGCAGCUCAGCUCUGCAGUGGUGACAGGAACACGCAUUGAGAAGUGCUGAAAUUUCUGUGUCUGUAGGUGUGCUUUUAACUGCCACGCUGCGUGUAAUGAGUAGUUCUGCAGCCUAAAACGGGGACAGUUUCAAGUUAGUUUUGAAGCUGUGGAUUACAGGAUCCAUAAGGGUGCUAAAGAUUUUCUUAAAUGUUUUUUCUUCUUCUUGAUGUUCUGUUCAUGAUCCAGAGCAACCAUUUUCUCAGUGACAAGGUGAUGGAGGCAGCACCUGCAUAUCCAUCCAGUGAUAACCCUGACCUGAACUCUUAAGUAGCCUUUUUUAUCUGCAGAAGUGGGGUUUUAAAGACUUGCUGAAUGCGAACAAAUAUAUGCAGUUCUUCCAUUCACAGAAGCACCUUGCUCUGCGUGCAAGCUGUGAAAACUUGUAAGUUAAUAAUCCAAACACCAGUUUGCUCCCUGCACAGUUAAGGAAUGAAAUCGCAACACUUCCAAGGUUGCCAUCAUUAGCCAGAGAGCUGCGGCGUGCCAUAGGAGCAUGGGAAGUGCCGUAGGAGGCACUGCGGGCCCGAGGAGCAGUGCUGCUGCUCCCUGAUGCUGCCUGCCACAGCUUUCUGCCUUUGGAGAGCUUGCUGCUCUGGAGACCCGGGCCAGUUCUGAGGCGGGCUGCGUGCCGGAGCCUGGGGAGCGUGCAUGCUGCUGUCCUCCCACAGGGCUGCCACACUGCAGUGCCCCGGUCAGCCCAGACACGUCCUGGGACAGGGAUAUGGCGUGCCGCUCUGAACGAGAGUGCGGCACAGGCCGCAGCCACAGCCUGCCAUCCCAAAGCCUCUCCCCUCCUCGCCGGCCCCUUGGGGACCAUCCCCAGCAGGAGCCGGGCCUGGGGUUGGGCGCAGCGUCCCGGGGCCGUGCUGGGUGCAGCUGGUGCAGGAUUGCUGCCAGCUGCUGUCCCACCGCUCAGCGCAGGGCCGGCCGCAGCACUCGCCUGCUGGGGAGGAGGUUGUCCUGCUCACACCCUGCGCGGUCGUGUCGGUCCGGGUUUCCUGCUGUACUCGUUUUGUGAUGGCUCCAUGUAUUAAAAAUAUGUAUGUAUAAAAUACAGAAGGCUGGAAGUGACCAGUGAACGGGACUUAAAAUGCAGUAUUUUUUUUUAUGUGACAUUUUCAUAACCAGAUUAAAAAAAACAAAAAAAAAA